CGUCGCCGGGGAGAGUCGAUAGUUGAUGAGGUCUUGUUUUUUGUUUAUAACGCGUGUUUAAUAUCAGAGCGAGAAAGUAAUACCGUGGCAGAAUGACUGUCACCGAUCUUAAUUCCCAACAAGAAUAUGAGGAUUACGUUAAGUCCCUGGAUCUUUCAGUUAUUCAUUUCCAUGCACCAUGGGCUGAUCAGUGUUCUCAAAUAAAUGAUGUAAUCAGUGAAAUGAGCAAACUGGCUCAGUACAAAGGGAUCAGGUUUGCUAAGAUAGAAGCUGAGAAAGUACCUGAUGUGUCUCUGAAAGCUGGUAUCACAGCAGUGCCGACAGUAAUUCUGGCAAAAAAUGAUACUAUAGUUGACAGAAUAGAUGGAGCAAAUCCCUCUGCCAUAGCUGAAAAAGUGAAGCAGCACUGUGCUAAUAAAGACUCAGUUCCAGUGGAGGCAUGUAAACUGAAAGAGAACCUCAACGAUAGGUUAAAGAAAUUAGUAAACCAAGCACCUUGCAUGCUAUUUAUGAAAGGAAAUCCUGCCAAUCCUCGUUGUGGAUUCUCUAGAACAAUAGUUUCCCUCUUGGACUCCUAUAAAGCUGAUUAUCAGUCGUUUGAUAUACUGCAAGACAAUGAUAUUAGGGAAGGACUGAAAAAGUUCAGUAAUUGGCCAACAUAUCCACAGUUAUAUGUGAACGGAGAACUGAUUGGAGGAUUGGAUAUUGUAAAGGAAAUGAGUGAAACUGGAGAAUUAGAGAGCAUGCUGCCUAAGAGGAGUUAAUGUACAAGAAAUACAUUAAGGGGAUCCAUUGCUAUUUUAAUACCACUAUUCUUAAAUUAUUUUC